AUUGGGGAGGUGAUGUUUGACUGGCGUAGCAUAUCUGGCUACGAGGGUCCUUUAGUUUCUUGGAGAAGUCGAAAACAGGCAACUGUUGCACUGUCCACAUGUGAGGCAGAGUAUAUGGCACUGACAGAUGCAGUACAGGAAGCCAAGUUCUUAAAGCAGUUGUGUGUUGAUCUAAAUAUUGUUCAGGUAAGUCAUAGUGUUCUGGUAAAUGGUGACAACCAAGGUGCAAUCAAUUUAGCUAAGAACCCUAUGUACCAUAAAAGAUCAAAACAUAUCGAUGUGAAGUAUCAUUUCAUUCGAAGUGAAGUUCGAACAGGUAGUAUAGUAUUAGCAUAUAUUCUAACGGACGAGAAUGAAGCAGAUAUCUUUACAAAGCCAGUUAGUAAAGUCAAGUUAGACAAGCUUGGACCAUUUAUUUCAG